GGGCGGUGCUGCCGGGCCGGCCGCCGACGCGGAGAUCGUUGGCCGAGGGGCGGGGGAGGCAGUCGUCCUCCUCGCGGGGCCCGUCGGCAGCAUGCAGAACGUCAUCAACACGGUGAAGGGGAAGGCCCUGGAGGUGGCCGAAUACCUCACCCCCGUGCUGAAGGAGUCCAAGUUUAAAGAAACUGGAGUAAUUACACCAGAAGAAUUUGUUGCAGCUGGAGAUCACUUAGUUCACCACUGCCCUACUUGGCAAUGGGCUUCAGGAGAAGAACUAAAAGUCAAGGCUUAUCUGCCAACAGACAAACAGUUUUUGGUAACUAAAAAUGUGCCGUGCUACAAAAGAUGUAAGCAGAUGGAGUACUCAGAUGAGCAGGAAGCAAUUAUAGAAGAAGAUGAUGGUGAUGGGGGAUGGGUAGACACCUUUCACAAUGCAGGUAUAGUGGGUGCCACAGAAGCAGUUAAGGAGAUUACACUAGACAGUAAGGAUAAUAUAAAAAUACCACAAUGUUCUGCAUCUUGUGAAGAUGACGAUGAGGAAGAUGAAGGAGAAGCUGCAGACAUGGAAGAGUAUGAAGAAAGUGGGCUAUUGGAGACAGAUGAUGCAACGCUUGACACAAGACAGAUUGUAGAAGCUAACAAAGCUAAAGUUGAUGUUGGAGGGGAAGAUGCUAUUCUACAGACUAGAACUUAUGAUCUCUACAUCACUUAUGACAAAUACUACCAAACUCCAAGGCUCUGGUUAUUUGGAUAUGAUGAGCAAAGGCAGCCUUUAACAGUAGAGCAUAUGUAUGAAGAUAUUAGUCAAGAUCACGUCAAGAAAACAGUGACCAUUGAAAACCAUCCUCAUCUUCCUCCACCUCCCAUGUGCUCAGUUCAUCCGUGCAGGCAUGCAGAAGUGAUGAAGAAAAUAAUCGAGACUGUUGCAGAAGGUGGGGGAGAACUUGGAGUUCAUAUGUAUCUUCUUAUUUUCUUGAAAUUUGUACAGGCAGUCAUUCCAACGAUAGAAUAUGACUACACGAGGCACUUUACGAUGUAACUAGAAUAAGAGAUGUCCUUCUCUAAUUAUCAAAUCUUUUUUUUAAAUAACCCAUCCAUCUGACUUAUACAACAUUAUACACAAUUUCUGUAACUAAUCUUUUAUCAGGUUGAUGCAUUAAAAUAAAAUGUUCCAUUACCA